UUGUCGAAGACGACCUGAAGAAUCGUCAGGAGAAGUCAUCUCUCUCCCAGGACGGUACUUCGAAGGACCAACAUGUUCCAAUAAACAUAAUUGUGUCCGAAGACCGUACCACCGCUUGGUACAAGUUUCGAAAAGUCAUGCGUGAGCCCUUUUCUGAGUUCUUUGGCGUCAUGAUACUCGUCUUAUUUGGCGACGGAUCGGUCGCUCAAGUCGUGCUCGGAAAAGGAGCCAAGGGAGACUGGAAUAAUAUUAACUGGGGAUGGGCCCUGGGCGUGAUGCUUGGUGUCUACUGCGGUGGCGUAUCCGGCGCACACUUGAACCCUGCCGUUACACUCGCCAACUGUAUCUUCCGCAAGUUUCCAUGGAAGAAACUUCCAAUCUAUGCCCUUGCCCAGCUUUUAGGUGCCAUGGUUGCGUCCCUCAUUGUUUACGGAAACUACAAAUCCGCGAUCGACGUGUUCGAAGGUGGGCAUGGCAUACGGACUGUAGGGUUGGAUACAUCUACUGCAGGCAUCUUUUGCACAUAUCCAGCUCCCUUCUUAACCAAGUCGGGCCAAUUCUUUGAUGAAUUCAUCGGCAGUUCUAUUUUAAUGUUCUGCCUUUAUGCCCUCCUUGACGAUGGAAACAUUGGGGCUGGUAAUCUCACUCCUCUUGGCCUGUUCUUUGUCAUCUACGGGAUCGGAGCCUGUUUCGGCUCCAACACUGGCUAUGCAAUCAACCCUGCGAGAGAUCUGGGCCCUCGGAUCAUGUCUCAUGCAGUUGGCUAUGGACACCAAGUGUGGACGGCAGGAGACUAUUACUUCUGGAUUCCCGUUAUCGCACCAUUCCUGGGGUGUACAUUUGGUGGCUUCCUUUACGAUGCUUUCAUCUAUACUGGCGACAGUCCCAUCAAUGCCCCGUAUAUGGGCCUCACAAGAUUCAUGGGUGUUCGGGCCAAAGCGGGGAGACCAGCCAUGGUAUGAGAUCGCCAAAGAGUAACUCAGACGAUUUGGAUACGUGACAAAUCUAGACCAUUUACCUUCAUCUACUACGCGGUUGAGUGAGAGUCUUCUUCCGCGCUGCACUUUACAUUUCAAUUACUUCUAUACCUUUCCUGCUU